CCGCCCCCGCGCGCCCCCGCGGCCGGCCGCGCCCCCCCGGCCCCGCAGGCGCGGCCCGGCCCGGCCAUGCCGGCCAAGAGGAAGCCGGUGCUGCCCGCCCUCAACAUCGCCCCCAGCGCCGCCGAGGGGCCCAGCCCCGACGGCUCCGCAGAGGCUAACCUGGUGGACCUGCAGAAGAAGCUGGAGGAGCUGGAGCUGGAUGAGCAGCAGAAGAAGCGCCUGGAAGCUUUCCUGACCCAGAAAGCCAAAGUGGGGGAGCUGAAGGACGACGACUUCGAGAGGAUCUCCGAGCUGGGCGCUGGCAAUGGCGGGGUGGUCACCAAAGUGCAGCACAAACCCUCAGGGCUCGUUAUGGCACGGAAGCUGAUCCACUUGGAAAUCAAACCAGCCAUCAGGAACCAGAUCAUCCGGGAGCUGCAGGUGCUGCACGAGUGCAACUCCCCCUACAUCGUGGGCUUUUAUGGAGCCUUCUACAGCGACGGGGAGAUCUCCAUCUGCAUGGAGCACAUGGAUGGUGGCUCUUUGGAUCAAGUGCUGAAAGAAGCCAAAAGAAUUCCUGAGGAAAUCCUGGGCAAAGUCAGUAUAGCGGUUCUGCGGGGCCUGGCCUAUCUGCGGGAGAAGCACCAAAUCAUGCACAGAGAUGUGAAACCCUCCAACAUCCUGGUGAAUUCCAGAGGGGAGAUUAAGCUCUGUGAUUUCGGGGUCAGCGGGCAGCUCAUUGACUCCAUGGCCAACUCCUUUGUGGGAACUCGGUCCUACAUGUCUCCCGAGCGCCUGCAGGGCACGCACUACUCGGUGCAGUCGGACAUCUGGAGCAUGGGGCUGUCCCUAGUGGAGCUGUCGAUCGGAAGGUACCCAAUCCCCCCGCCAGACUCCAAGGAACUGGAAGCAAUUUUUGGCCGUCCUGUGGUGGACGGGGCGGAGGGAGAGUCCCCCAGCAUCUCGCCGCGGGCCCGGCCCCCAGGACGCCCCGUCAGUGGGCACGGGAUGGACUCCAGGCCUGCCAUGGCCAUCUUCGAGCUGCUGGAUUACAUCGUUAACGAGCCACCUCCCAAGCUGCCAAGUGGGGUCUUCACGCAAGAUUUCCAGGAGUUUGUAAAUAAAUGCUUAAUUAAAAACCCAGCAGAGCGAGCAGACCUGAAGAUGCUGAUGAGCCACACGUUCAUCAAGCGCUCCGAGGUGGAGGAGGUGGAUUUCGCGGGCUGGCUGUGCCGGACGCUGCGGCUGAACCAGCCCAGCACUCCCACCCGAGCUGCCAUGUGAGCCCGGCCUGGCACUCCUGCCUCUGGCACUCCUGCCUCUGGCACUCCUGCCUCUGGCACCGCUUCCUCUCCUCCCUGCAGGGCACAGCUGCCCCUCCUUCCUCCCUCCCAGCGCCAAAGCUCCGGCCCCGGGGCAGCUCCAGGCUCCCCUCGGAGCUGGGGGUGUUCCAGGCCUCUGCUCCAGCUCUGGAGCUCCUGACACUUGGGAAUUGUGGUGCUGCUUAUGUUGGUUUUUCUUUAUUUUGGGUUUAUUUUUGGGGUUUUUUUGGGGUUUUUUUGGAAGUGUGUUCACUCGGGUUAGGGGGGAUGUGAGGUGGUGCGGGGAUGAGGGGCAGCUGCUGCUUCCCCUCAGCCCUGGUUUCCUCUGUGGGAUCAGGAAUGGAGAAACCCUGCCCGGGGUGGCCCGGAGCACUGUCACUGUCCUGCCUGGGGGCAGAGCACACAUCCUCUUUGCUUGGUUUAAAACGGUUCCUUUGAAGCCUGCCUUGUCCCAGCUGGGUGUUCAGGGAGGGGCUGGAUCCAUGGGGAUGGGAGGAAUAGGAAUGGGAAUGGGGAUGGGAUUGGGAUUGGGAUGGGGAUGGGGAUGGCUCCCACUUCUCCAUGCCCACCUGAGUGUGGGUUUUGGGUUUUCCUUGCCUGGAGAGGUGCAGGCAGAGCCCGGCUGUGCCCGGGCUUGGGGUCCCUCUCCUGAUGCCAUCGGCGCUGGCACAGGGAACCCUCCAGGCUGCAUUUUCCCCCCGCAGCUGCCUCCAGCCCAUCCCAGGGCUGGCCUCAGCCACUGUGGAUGUGGCAGAGCUCCAGGAUUCCCUGUCAGAGCCCCCCGGCCAGGGAUGACCCCACCCCGAGCCCACAUUGUCCCUGGAUUGUCCCUCCCACCGAGGGACAGCCCCCAGGCCCGACCCCCUCCCUUCCCACCACGUGGAUUUUGGGGUGAAUUAUUCCCCGUGUGGGCUUGACAACCCCUGAGGCCCCCCCAGGAGGAUUUGGGAAGUUUAGUGGGAAGUUUUUGGUGUUUUCCUUAUUUUUUUUGGCUGUUUUUCACCCAGUCAGGCUGGCAGCUGCCAUCCCCCUGCCUGCCCUGGGUCCCCACCAUGGCAGCCCCCCCAAAAAUUAACUACCAGGGCUGGGUUACCCCAAAUCCCUCAUCCCUUUUCCUUUCCUAUUUUCCAGCACAGCACAGAGGCACCGCCCUGCCUGGGGCCAACCCACAGGGCAACCACGUCCCCAAAGGGGGGAGACCCCAAUUUUUUGGGGGGCAACACCCCAAUUUUGGGGGGCAACACCCCAAUUUUGGGGGGGAACACCCCAGAUUUGAGGGGUCUGUGCUUGCUGGCUCAGCUCAUGCCCAGCCAAGCCACCCUGGAGCUGUGGGGUGCUCCAUGUGGUGGAUUUUGCCUCUUACUUAAUGUGGGAAGCAGGGAAGAUUCCUCGAGUUUUGGGCUGUUUUCCAUCGGUUUUGGUGCUGGGUUUUGGAGGAGGAAAAGGAGGAGGAAGAGGAGGAAAAGGAGGAGGAGGAGGAGAGCGUGGAUGGAGCAGUUUGGUGGUGCAAUUAAUUUUUUUUUUUUUAAACUCGAUAUUUUCAUCAUGGAUGGGGAGGGUGGGGGAAAUAAUAAAUAAACGGCACUUUACAUUUGCAGGUGGUUUCUCUCCUCGCUGGGUUUAACCCUUUCGGAGCCGGAAUUCCGGCCGGGAGCGCUGCCUCUGGCAGCUCUGGGAGGUGCCGCGGCUCUCCUGGGAUGUGCUGCCUCCAGUGGGAGCCGGAGCCACCGAUUAUCCCGGAGUUAU